GACGGACAGUGGGUGCGCCUCAAAAAUAAUCCCCCCAUCCGGUUAGCUAGGAUGACAACCAAUUAAGAUACAAAAGAAGUUGUGGCAAAAGUAGUCACGUGUCACUACGCGUAAUAAACACGGGCGCCUUCGUGUGAUAAGUAUAUUGUUUCCGUGUUUCCGUUCGUACUUUUAUUAAAUCGUUCAUAAGCACUUCAUAAAGCCUAAAAGAAAAGCCGCUCGCGCAGAUGUCGUGUACGCUGGUUGGCUCCAGAGCUCGGGUCCCUUUGGAGAACGGACGAGCGGUGGUUCUGGGCCGGGGUCCGGACACCGGAGUCACCGACAAGAAAUGCUCCAGGCACCAGGUGAAGGUGGUGGCUUGCUAUGCAGACCAGGAUGUUGUUGUUACUCAGCUGGGUCCUAAUCCCAGUUUCCUGGACGGUGAGAAGCUGGGCCGGAGCCAGUCCGGUAAACUCACCCACGGUGGCACCCUCUUCCUGGUUGACCAGAGCCACCCUUUUAAACUGCACUACUCCCCGAGCUCCAACGGAACGGCCACCAGCAGCGCACAGAAAGGCCCGAAAGCCACCGACAAGACGAAAGGAGGAAGAAGUGUGAAAAGCAAGGAGGCACAGUCGAGCACGAUUCCCAAGCGCAGUUUAAAGGAUUUCUUUUCUACCUCUCCCUUGAAGUCAUCUAAAAGACAGCUGAGUCCGGAGGGGGGGCACCCUGAGGUGAAGCGCCAAAGGCGAGACGAGGAGGCCUCAGGCGGACGCACGAAGGACGAAGACGAGGACGAGGAGAGAGCGGCCGAAGAGAAGCUCGAGCAGCUGCGGAAGCUGGCGGAGAAGUCUAUGACGGAGAAGGGUAACGGCCCCCGGCCUCCGUCAUCUUCAUCCUCUUCGAAGGAAUGUCUACAGAGCAGCUGGCAGCAGGUCGGCGGCCUGAUGCUCUACACGGCUGCUGGCGUCAAAGGGAGUGAAAAGAUCGCUGGCUUCGACAUCGACGGCUGCAUCAUCACCACCAAGUCUGGGAAAGUCUUCCCCACCUCGCCGGACGACUGGAAGAUACUGUACUUUGAGAUUCAGCCCCGGCUGGCCAGCUUGCUCAAGAGAGGAUACAAGGUGGUGUUCUUCACCAACCAGAGGGGCAUCGCCAGAGGAAAACUGAAACCGGAAGUCUUCAAGUCCAAAGUGGAGGACAUCCUCGCCGCGCUGCAGCUGCCCGUGCAGGUGUUCGUCUCCACCAGUUCUGGUAUAUACAGGAAGCCGGUGAUGGGAAUGUGGAACUACCUGUGUGAGGAGGCAAACGAUGGCGUGACCGUUGACAAGAUGCAGACUUUCUAUGUUGGAGAUGCUGCAGGAAGGCCAGAGAACUGGGCUCCAGGAAAGAAGAAGAAGGAUUUCUCCUGCAGUGACAGACUGUUUGCUCUGAACAUCGGAGUGCAGUUCCACACCCCGGAGGAGUACUUCCUGGGCUGGAAGAGCGCCCCCUACAGCCUGCCUGAUUUUGACCCCAGGAAGCUCGACUCCACCGCCGCGCUGUACGACCCUCCGAGUGCCUCGCUCACCUCCUGCGGCACCGAAGUCAUUGUAGCCGUCGGUUUCCCUGCAUCUGGGAAGUCCACCUUCUUCCACGCCCACGUCAUUCCCAAAGGCUACGUGUACGUCAACAGGGACACACUCGGUUCGUGGCAGAGCUGCGUUUCGGCGUGCGAGCGCGCCCUGAAAGAAGGCCGCAGCGUCGCCGUGGACAACACCAACCCAGAGCCCGAGUCUCGCAAACGAUAUGUGGACGUGGCGAAGGCAGCAGGAGUGAAGUGUCGCUGUUUCCACUUCUCAGCCUCUCUGGAGGAAGCCAAGCACUACAACCGGUUCCGUGAGAUGGUUCCAUCGAACACCAAACACGCCAAGGUCAACGACAUGAUUUACCACAGCUACAAGAAACACUUUGUGGCUCCUGCGCUCACGGAGGGAUUCUCCGAGAUCCUCCAGAUCCACUUUGUCCCGAACUUCAAGGACAGCCAAUCGGAAACCUUGUUCCGGCAGUUUUCUGAGGGCUGAUUGGACCACUUUUAAAUUCUCACUGACACAGGAAAUAACAUUUCAAAAUAGGCAGAAAACCGCCGGUUGAAGCCGCAGAGGAGUGAGACCAAGUGAGUCCGUUGGUUUCAGCUGGUGGACAGUUUGAGCUCCGAACAACGCAACAAAUUCAUACGAAUGUGCAGGUAUAUAUUGCCAUUAUAUAUCCCUCAGAUUAUGUGUUAUACAUGUUGAGUUGAGAAAGGAUCACUGAAAACCACAAUAAUUAUUUCUUCUUUAAUGUUUUUAUAUGAAAAAGAACCCUCCUGUCCUUUUGCAAGUGAGUAGCUAUAACAAUUCAUCUGUAAUCCUUUUGACAAUAAAGCUUUGGAAAAAUAA